AUGGCUGAAGUUACCGGUUCUACGCCCACCCCUGGGGACAUCGUUGGCUGCCAGGCGGCCCUUUUCGAAUGGGCUGAGAGUUAUGAUACCAAGGACUGGGAACGGUUAGGGAAAUGCGUCGCGCCAACGCUCCGGAUUGACUACAGCACCGUCAUGGGGAAGCUGUGGGAAUCCAUGCCUGCGGCGGAUUUCCUCGCGUUAGCCUCAAGCCAAGAGUUCCUUGGCAACAAGCGCAUCAAGACGCAGCAUUUAGUGGGCGCCGGCAAAUGGAUUCAGACUGCCGAGGGCGAGAUCACUGGCUACCAUCAGAUGCGGGUGGCGCAUCAGAAAUACGGUGACGAUGAUCUGACAGAGGUCGUGAACAAGGGCCAUGCGCACGGCAAGGCCACCAUCCAGUACCGAAAUGUAGAUGGUGUUUGGAAGCUGGCGGGCCUCGAGCCUGACAUUCGGUGGGCCGAACACGAGUUAGAUAAGAUCUUUCAUGAUUAG